UGUUACCUUAAGAGCAGCUCUCUCCAUAGCAACUGAAAACUUUUCAAGGCAGCAAUGAACUAAUCCUCUCCAGCUUCCAGAGCACCAUCGAGGAAUUUUAAAAACAUUGGACUUCCAGCAGCUAAAUACUUCUGAGGAUUCAGCGGCCACAAAGCUAGAUACACAAGCAUUCUUUUUCCCUUCAGAAGAUUCCUCAGGUUUCAAGUUUAAGCUGUGAAGUGCAAACAACAGUCCACCAUUCAGUGCAGAUCACGCACUACAAGAAGAGGAGAUGUGUUUUCUGACCAAGCACCCAGCUCUUGGGAUGGUAUGUUCUGCUUUCAUAUUCAGCGUGCUCAUUGCUGAAGGACAGCCAGGGGAAGAGCAUGGGGAGGAUGGCAGCUAUGCUCCCAGCCGAGGCUAUCUGAUGGAAGUUUUACGCGUUCUUUCAGCUGGCAACACUGAGCUCCACAUGAACCACUCACGGGAACUGGUCAAAAUGUUACUGGAGAGAGCUGAGUGCCCACAGCGGAUUUAUGGCAUGCAAGAGGAUUGUAAUCUGUGCCUUGAACCAGAUGCUUUGUUAAUAAUAGCCAGAGGAGAUUUAGAAGACCAUCUCAGCGAAGAAGUAUUUGAGAGAAUUUGUCUUAUUCUUCUCUACUACAUUCUUCAUCAUAAAGAUGUGUGUUCUUCAGAACUCAGCUUGAAUAAUAAGGAUUACAAAUUUUACCUACAGAGUAUGCUUAGUUUAAGACAUGAUGAAGACUGUUAUUAUUUUUCACGGAAUGAAACUGAAGAUAUUUUGGCAGCAGUAAGGCAACAUUUUAAAACUUCUGAAACACAGUGUGUUGAUGUGAGCACUCUGGAGAAAAAUGCUGAUAUAAUGGACAGAGAUGGUGCUGAUGAAAACAGUCUUCCACGCCUGGCUGCUUUAAUCAUUACUCUGGCUCUUCAGGGAGUCUGUAUGGGGAAAGCAAAUUUGCCCUCCCCAGAAUUCUUUGUAAAAUAUAUUUUCAAUUCUCUAAACAGUACUACUGAGCUCCAAGUGACAGAACUAGAACAACUACUAAGCGUGCUUACAGCCAAAAAGACCUGCACUCUUAAUGGACAAUUCCACAGUCAAAAAGGAAGACGUUACAGUAUGGCAAUCAAAGAUAUUGGAAAUAGAAAUAUUCCAGUCAAAGGAAACCAGACAAAACGAGAUGUUCUGAAAGGUUAUUUUGAAGAUCAUGAAAGGAACACAGAUUGGGACCAGGUUUGUUUCUCUGCUAAUGAACUUGUGAAGAUAUUUUUAAAAAAUAGUUCUUCCUCCAUUUCUAAGGACCACUUCAAGCAAAUCAGUCCAGCUAUCAUUCAGCAACUACUAAGUUGUUCAUGUCAGCUUCCUGACUCCAAGCAGACAAAGCGUCUACCAACAGCUUCGGAAAAAUAUGGUUACAGCACUGUUGCUGUUUUACUCAUUACUAUUGGAUCUAUGUUUGGCACAACCCUCAUUUUAUUUAACUCUUGUCAAGAAACCUAUAAACUCAUUUUACAGCUGUUUGUUGGUUUGGCUGUUGGGACCCUUUCUGGAGAUGCAUUGCUACACCUCAUUCCUCAGACUCUUGGUUUACAUAAACAUGAAGCACAAGAUGUAGAGCAUUUCUAUGAGGGGAAAGAAUAUAUUUGGAAACUUCUAGGAAUAAUUGGAGGAAUUCAUGGAUUUUUUCUGAUAGAAAAGUGUUUCUUUCUUUUGGUAACACCAUGUGACCAGGGUCUUUCUUUAGUUAAUGGGCACUGGGGACAUUCCCAUGAUCUUCCAGUGGAACCUGAAUUAAAUGAACAUUCAGGCAGAGGCAAAUCUACUUCAACCAUACAGUUGAGAAGCCCAGAAGAUUCUGAGUCUGCUGAAGUUCCUCCAGAGAGUAAGGCGAUCAGCAAAAAAAAGUGUAAGAAAAUUAGCUUGUUAGCAAUAAUGGUUCUGGUGGGUGACAGUCUUCACAAUUUUGCUGAUGGCUUGGUAAUAGGAGCAGCAUUCUCAUCCUCAACAGAAACAGGUGUGACAACGACUAUUACUAUUUUAUGCCAUGAAAUUCCUCAUGAAAUGGGAGAUUUUGCUGUGCUGCUAAGUACAGGGCUCUCCACGAAGACUGCAAUUUUGAUGAAUUUUAUAAGUGCACUAACAGCAUUCCUAGGACUUUAUAUUGGCCUUUCUGUAUCAACUGACCCAUGCAUUCAAAACUGGAUUUUUACUGUUACAGCUGGAAUGUUCUUGUAUUUAUCUUUAGCAGAAAUGCUUCCUGAAAUGACUCAUAUUCAGACACGGCGACCCUGGCUGAUGUUUCUUCUACAGAACCUUGGAUUACUGUUAGGCUGGCUUUGCCUCUUACUUUUGGCUAUAUAUGAACAGAAAAUCAAAAUAUAAGUUUUCUGUUGGAAAUCUUGAAGUACCACUCCUGACAGUGGAUAGCAUUAUUCACAAUUUUGUCAUGUCUGCUGUAGUGAUAUAUAAAUUAAGUUGCUCAGAUUUUUAUAUCUGAACAGUAGAUAAUUAUUUCACUUUAUUAACUUAUUGUUCGGAUGUUGUAAUUUUUUUUUGAAAACAUGAAUGUUUAGAAUUAUGUUUUAUUUGUUAUUGAGUUUACCAGAUCCCAUGCUCAAACUCACAGGAGCUUUUGAUUAGUUUUUAUUGAGACUGUUCUAGUUGAAUGCUCUAAGUGAUCUCUGCCAGUCUGAUUGAAGAAAAGAAUAAAACAUUUUAUAUGCAAUAAUUAAAGUGGACUAACCAUAUCUGAAUAAUUUGAAGCAGAAAUUUUUUUUUUACAAAGAAUAAAUGUAUUUCUAUAAAACUAAAAAAUGUAGCAAAACAAAACUGUUAAAUGGCAUACAGC